AGGAGUCCCUGCAGCAUGUCGGCGCCAGCCUGGGCAAGCACGCCCCAGUGGACUGCCUCCUGGGGUUCAGCCAGGGCGCGGCGCUCGCCGCGCUGUGCCUGCGGAUGCUCGGCGCCGCGCCGGCUGCGGCCGUGCUGGUGUCAGGAUUCCGGCCGCGGGACUCGCGCUUGGCGGUGCGGCUGGCGGCGGGGCCUUGGCAGGCGUCGCCAAUCCGCACGCUUCACGUCAUCGGCCGGCGGGACCCCAUCGUGGCGCCAGCCGAGAGUUUGGCGUUGCGCGAGCUGCUGCAGGGCGCUGGCCCAGCGGUCGUGUGCGAGCACAGAGGCGGACAUGGCGGGUGGCGCCGCGACGAGGAGGCCGCGGGGCAGGCAGGAGCCCUCUGGCGCCCUCUGGCGCCCAUGGAGGGGCGCCCGGCGGGCCCGACGCCGCCGCGCGGGGCGGAGCUGCGGCGCACGAUCGCGGAGCAGCUGGGCGUGCUCGAGGACCUCGUGCUCGGCGCGCGGCCGUCCCGCGGAGCCCCCGGGCCUGCCGCGCUCCAGCGCCGCCCACGCACCGCGCCGUGCCCGCGCUGCGCGCACGUGGACAUCCCGGCGGCGGUAGCCGUGCACCAGGACGGGAGGCCCCGGGCGCGCGGUGCGCGGCGGCCAGGGGCCACCGACGGCGUGGGGCGCGGCCCCCGUGGCCGGCCCGGG